GGGAAGGCCGGGACCUAGGGGCGCUGGAGCCGGCGGGGACCCUGAGGGCGCGGGCGGCGGCAGGUGCGCGGCGCGGACUACAGGUCCCAGCAUGCCCAGCAGCUCUGACCCAGCCCCCGCUGCCACUUAAAGGCUCCGGGAGCCUCAGCCGUCGGGUCGCCGCGGCUUUCGCUUUGCCGCCGCGGCUGGGCGGGAGGGAGAGGCGGGCUCGGCGGCCGGCGGGCUUGCGUCCUGGCUCCGGCAGCGUCGAGGGGCGCUUCUCGGCCAGCCCUCCCGGCUCAGGGAUUCCCUUCCGAGGCGCCCGCGCCCCCGGGCUCCCCGCCUCGGCCACCCCGCGGCCCCGAUGCCGAGGCAUGGAUAGAGCGGCGCUGCGCGCGGCGGCGAUGGGAGAGAAGAAGGAGGGCGGCGGCGGGGGGGACGCGGCGGCCCCAGAUGGGGGCGCCGGGGCCGCGGCCAGCCGGGCGCUGCAGCAGUGCGGGCAGCUCCAGAAGCUCAUCGACAUCUCCAUCGGUAGCCUGCGCGGGCUGCGCACGAAGUGCGCCGUGUCCAACGACCUCACCCAGCAGGAGAUACGGACCCUGGAGGCAAAGCUGGUCCGGUACAUCUGCAAGCAGCGGCAGUGCAAGCUGAGCGUGGCUCCCAGCGAGAGGACCCCGGAGCUCAACAGCUACCCUCGCUUCAGCGACUGGCUGUACACCUUUAACGUGAGGCCGGAGGUGGUACAGGAGAUCCUCUGCGAGCUCACGCUGGAUGCCCUGCUGGACAUGAACGAGGCUAAGGUGAAGGAGACGCUGCGGCGCUGCGGGGCCAGUGCCGAGGAGUGUGGCCGCCUGCAGUACGCCCUCACCUGCCUGCGGAAGGUGACAGGCCUGGGCGGAGACCACAAAGAGGACUCGGGCUGGAGUCCGUCGGAUGCCCGACGGGAAAGUGGCUCUGGGCCUCCCGCGGACAGCCUCUCGCCAGCCAGCCUGCCCUGGCCCCCAGGAAGCUCCCAGCUGGGCAGAGUGGGCAGCGGUGCCCAGGGCCCACGCUCCGUCUCCGUGUCCGCUCUGCCCACCUCGGACUCCCCAAGCCCCGGCCCCGGCGAGGGCCUCGCGGACGCCUGUAUCUCCCUGCACACCAGCGGCCGACUGACGCCCCGCGCGCUGCCCAGCUUCAUCACCCCGCCGACCACGCCCCAGCUCCGCCGGCACACCAAGCUGAAGCCGCCCAGAACGCCGCCCCCGCCCAGCCGCAAGGUCUUCCAGCUGCUGCCCAGCUUCCCCACGCUCACCCGCAGCAAGUCCCACGAGUCUCAGCUGGGGAACCGCAUCGACGAGGUCUCCCCGAUGAGGUUCGAUCUCCUGCACGGAUCCCCACAGAUGGUACGAAGGGACAUCGGGCUCUCGGUGACACACAGGUUCUCCACCAAGUCCUGGCUGUCGCAGGUCUGCCACGUGUGCCAGAAGAGCAUGAUGUUCGGAGUGAAGUGCAAGCAUUGCAGGUUGAAGUGUCACAACAAGUGUACAAAAGAAGCCCCCGCCUGUAGAAUAUCCUUCCUUCCGCUACCCAGGCUUCGGAGGACAGAAUCUGUCCCCUCGGACAUCAACAAUCCGGUGGACAGAGCAGCUGAACCCCAUUUCGGAACCCUCCCCAAAGCACUGACCAAAAAGGAGCAUCCUCUGGCCAUGAACCACCUGGACUCCAGCAGCAACCCGUCCUCCACCACGUCUUCCACGCCCUCCUCGCCAGCGCCCUUCCCGACGUCGUCCAACCCACCCAGUGCCACCACGCCCCCCAACCCCUCGCCCGGCCAGAGGGACGGCAGGUUCAACUUCCCAGCUGCCUACUAUAUGCAUCCUAGACAGCAGUUUAUCUUCCCAGACAUUUCGGCAUUUCCUCAGGCAGCCCCAUUCGCCGAGGCGGACAGUUCCCGGCUUGAGAACCCGCCCAAAGCAGAUGUGUCCGAGGAUCGCGAAGUGGAGGCUGAGGAGCCCGAGGCCGGCAGGUCGGAGGUCGAAGACGACGAGGACGAGUUGGAUGACCUGCCGAGCUCCCGCCGGCCCUGGCGAGGCCCCAUCUCUCGCAAGGCCAGCCAGACCAGCGUGUACCUGCAGGAGUGGGACAUCCCCUUCGAGCAGGUGGAGCUGGGCGAGCCCAUCGGGCAGGGCCGCUGGGGCCGGGUGCACCGCGGCCGCUGGCACGGAGAGGUGGCCAUCCGCCUGCUGGAGAUGGACGGCCACAACCAGGACCACCUGAAGCUGUUCAAAAAGGAGGUGAUGAACUACCGGCAGACGCGGCACGAGAACGUGGUGCUCUUCAUGGGGGCCUGCAUGAACCCGCCGCACCUGGCCAUCAUCACCAGCUUCUGCAAGGGACGGACGUUGCACUCGUUUGUGAGGGACCCCAAGACAUCUGUGGACAUCAACAAGACCAGGCAGAUCGCCCAGGAGAUCAUUAAGGGAAUGGGCUAUCUCCACGCCAAGGGCAUCGUGCACAAAGAUCUCAAGUCCAAGAACGUCUUCUACGACAACGGCAAAGUGGUCAUCACAGACUUCGGGCUGUUCGGGAUCUCAGGCGUGGUCCGAGAGGGACGGCGUGAGAACCAGCUGAAGCUGUCACAUGACUGGCUGUGCUACCUGGCCCCCGAGAUCGUGAGGGAGAUGACCCCCGGGAAGGACGAGGACCAGCUGCCCUUCUCCAAAGCGGCUGACGUCUAUGCAUUCGGGACCGUUUGGUAUGAGCUGCAAGCCAGAGACUGGCCCUUGAAGAACCAAGCUGUGGAGGCCCUGAUCUGGCAGGUUGGAAGCGGAGAGGGAAUGAAGAGAGUCCUGGCCUCCGUCAGCCUGGGGAAGGAAGUCACCGAGAUCCUGUCCGCUUGCUGGGCCUUCGACCUGCAGGAGAGGCCCAGCUUCCCGCUGCUGAUGGACAUGCUGGAGAAGCUGCCCAAGCUGAACCGGAGGCUCUCGCACCCCGGGCACUUCUGGAAGUCUGCCGAGCGCUGGCGGAGCCGCUACUACGGGAAAGGACGUUACGGUCACCCUGACUUUAAGAACAACUGUCCAGUCCUGGAGGAAUAUAUUAACAGCAGCAAAGUUGUACCCCGGUUUGAAAGGUUUGGCUUGGGCGUCCUGGAGUCCAGUAAUCCAAAGAUGUAACCAGCUCUGCCGUUUUUCUGACAUUGUAUUUCUCUCUUAAAUGGGUUUCUAAAACAUCCCAACAACCGCCACAACGAAAGAACAACGCUCUUCAAAACGCCAGCCAUCCUCCUAAGGGCUGCAGGUCAGGAGCACGAGGCCUCGGUUUAGACUGUGCGUCCGUAAAGACACUGGGGUCCCGGAGAUGGAGCCGCGCCUGCUGUUUCUUAAAAUGACAUCACCAACAAGCAGACCUGUCCCGACAGACGGCAAAUGUUUACAUGUAUGUUUCUGCAGAGUUGGACUCGUUGUACAAUAGGUGAUAAUAAAAACCGUCUGUGCAGAGGUCACUGGCACUGAGGGCAGAAGUGGCCGUCCCCUCUGGAGGACCCUGUAGGAGUGAGGCACCCACGCUGGUUCAGAGGAAGAAAAGCAUCGUGUUUGUGGCUGUUGCCCAAGCAGGAUGCUGGGGGGACCACAAGGUUUGACCCGGCCUCUGCGUUGGCCCUAAAUCCCGUCUCCCCUCGUCCUGCCAAAGGGCUGCUGUCCCUUCCUCUUGCAGAGGACACCCUGACCAGGAGCCGAGCUGGUUAUGAGGGUCGGGAGUUCACAGAGAGCUUGGCUUCACCUUUGACCCUUGUAAUCCAGUCCAUACCUGCUGGAAAAAGCAGAGACAUAAAAUCCAGAUAACAUCUGGACUGAUCCAGUGGUUCCCAGCCAGGGUUUCCAGUGCCUGGAAGAUGUUUCUUCCGUGAAGCCCGCAGGGGAGGCGCCAAGAAGAUGGGACUGAGGGCUUUGGCUGUUUAGCUACAUCCCAGUCCCUGGCUGACAUCUGACCCCAGAGCGAAGGCCUAGCCCAGCAGCUGCGUACACCAUGAAGGCUUGAUCCGUGAGAACAGGGAAAGUAGGGGGAGGGAGAAGUGGCAAGCAGAGGGUCCCUGAGCCCACCCUCCUAGCCACAGGGUGCCCCGGCCCAUCACCAGUCAUGCCAAGGUUCCGGAACGGCCCACCUCUUCCAGCCCUCAGUCCCGUCGAAACCCCUUAGCCCACGGCUGACUCCUCCACUGCCCGUGUUCAGAGCUCUUAGCCGCGGUGGGAGCCACGUGCCCCUCCCCGCUUGCACUUGGACCCAGCUAGCAAGCUCCCGACCUUCAGAGUCUUCCCAAGCACCACGUCAGGCCUCUACUUGUGUCCCUUUGGACGAGAGGAGGGGCCGGGUUGGGAGAGUCCAGGAUAUGACAGUUUCCUGCCUGUCCUCGUUAGAAGCUGACACCUAAAGAGAAAAGUUCCAAAUGGCAAAGAAGCCCUUCAGUGAAGGUUACGUCAUCGUAUCAAGCUCCAAAGGCAGAAAGGAUCAAAGGCGACGAAAGUGGAGAGGAGCUUGUCUUCAGACCCAGAACCCGCGUCCACGCCUAGAGCCGCCGAGACGGGGAGGCACGUGGCCCUCCUACCCCGUUUAUGCAGACCCGUCGAGCCAGGCUCCCACCCUGGAGUCUGGCGAACCAUCAUACAAGAUGGGCCGCUUUGCCUGGAGGCUGCGGGGCUGCCUUCUUGGCUCUGGGCCAGGCAGCCGUACAGGGUACCCGGGCCUCCACGGCCAUCAGCACCUCAACCCUUCCCGCUCGGGGUGUGGGAAGGAAGACGAAGGGGCUGUAAACCGACUGGACUCAGCUCUGUGGGUCUUUUCUCCUCUGUGGGACUCUUCGCGUCUCUCCAUCAUUCCUCUGGCCUCUGGGUCAGCCGCUCCUAUGAUCUCCCCACCCAGAGCCACGUGGGAUGUGACUCCGCCUCUGGUUGUCAGGCCCCUCCCCCCACCCCGACAUUGGCGCCUUCCCGGAGGUCACAGUUCAUGCCUCUCACCUUUCCCCUCUGAACCCUUGGACGGUGCAGUUGGGCCGAGGGGAUGGGACAGCAGCGAAGCAAGUCAGGCUCACCUCACGGCCCACAGAAAGGCAGUCUGGGUUUUGUUUUUCUUCUUCGGGGCUUCACACUCUUGGGUCAGUUUAGAAAGCUUUCGUGGAGCACCCACUGUGUGCAGGUGCAGGGGGCCAGGGAUGGGAGCAGUCACAGUGCCUGCCCUUAGGGGACUCAAGAUCUGCCAGGAACCCUGAGGGUGGGACUGGGGCCACCCCCUUCCUCUCCAGGGCCCCGGGAUGCCUUCCCACGCUCGGCCUGAGCCUCUGCACUGCCUGUCAGUUAAGAGAAGCACCUGAGGAACCCCCCCGGGUGGCCCCCCUCUCCCUGUCUCUACUUAAUUGACUGUGAAUUGAGGUUAGGAAGACAUGCCGCCCUUCCGUGUGCUGCCCCCCAUGCCCGUCUGCCUUGGAAACACAUGAAGGACAGCAGAUACUGUGAAUUCAGCCCUCACAGCCAACUGUGAAAGGGAUGGAGAAAGCCGUGAGGCCUCCUGGGCGAGAGCUUGGGGGCUGUGGAGGUCCCCACGGGGACUGAGAGUGGAGCCCAGGCUUCAACCCUUCAGCUCCCCCACCCGCCACUUCCCAACCUCACCUCCAAAACCCUGGGAUCUGUCCCUGCUGCCUUUAAACACAAGAGCCACAACCCCUGCGUCUCCAUGCAGCUCGAGGUCCUGAACCCCGAGUUCCCCACCAGUUGUGAGUGGCGUGUAGCUGACCGCUCCAUGUCACCAAAUUGAAGAUGUGUGCAGGGCCUGGAAUCCCUCUGCCCUCUCAUGGCAUUGCUUUCUGUGAUCGCCGAGGGGCGUGGCAUGCCCUGUAAGCCCCUGGUGGUGGUGGCCUUUGUUGAUCUGGGUGCCAGGUGGAGACAUAAAUGUGAAGCUGGUUUGAGAGCUUGUGCGACGCUGCCUGGUCAGCCAGGAUUUCAUCCAUGUGUGCAAACCCAGCAUCUUCUGUGGCCACGAGGCACAUACUUGCUUUUUUGAAUGUGAUGUAAAAUUUGUACAGUAAAAGUUUUUAUAUUUUCUAUCAACUGCAUUUGUCUUCCAGAAAUGCUAUUAAUUUAAAUUAAAACGGUUAGUAUUAACA